AUGCCGGAAAGUACAAGAAUUCCAGAUGUCCUGGAUCGUCAAAUGCAGUCAACGGUGACUCACUCAGAUACGCCGAAACCUCUCCAAGCAGACCAGGCGUAUGAACCGGGCUUGCGUCGGGUGCCUGACCGUAUUCCUUGGGUUGUCGGACUGAUCAUCGUUGUAGAGCUUGGAGAAAGAUUCACCUACUUUGGCCUGAGCGGACCGCUGCAGAAUUACAUCAAAAAUCCAUACGUGCCUGGUGCGGAUCUGCCAGGUGCUCUUGGUAAGGGACAGGCCAUUGCGUCCGCUCUAGGUAACUUUUUCAAGUUUUGGGCGUAUGCUUCCACCAUCCUGGGGGCUGUAGUAGCCGAUCAGUAUGUCGGCAAGUUUAAGGCUAUAGUUAUAGCCUCCGGAAUUUAUAUCGUCGGCUUGACGAUCCUUGUGGCAACUGCGACUCCAGCAGCUAUCAAUGGUGGAUCGGCAUUUGGUGGGCUCGUUGUCUCGAUGGUUAUCAUUGGACUGGGAACGGGUGGAAUCAAGGCAAAUGUUACACCUUUCUGUGCCGAACAGUAUAAGAGAGGUAGCGCUUUUGUCAAGACAUUGAAGUCAGGAGAACGUGUCGUCAUCGACCCUGAGCUCACUGUGGAGCGAAUGUUCAUGUGGUUCUACUGGGCCGUCAAUAUUGGCGCUCUAUCGCCAUUGAUUACUGUCAACGUCGAAGCCAAGGUGUCCUUUUGGCUAGCCUUUCUCAUACCCUUGAUUGUGAUUGUCCUUGCUGCCGUGGUCUUUAUAUGUAGCAGCAAAUUGUAUAUCAAGACCCGACCACAAGGUUCACCAAUUGUCGAAACCGCCAGGACAGUAUAUGUUGCUAUGUCAGAAAGGGGCUUUGAAAACGCAAAGCCGAGUGUCCUGAGCCAACGGGGUCGGAUGGAGAAAUACUCUGUUGCAUCCAGCGCCAACUACACCGAUCAGAGUGUUGACGGGGUUAAGAAGGGCAUCAGAGCCUGCAAAUUAUUCCUCCUCUUCCCGUUUUAUUUUAUUUGCUGGGUCCAGAUCUGGAAUAACCUUAUCUCCCAGGCGGGUCAAAUGGCUCUGCACGGCACUCCGAACGAUUUGCUGCAAAAUCUAGACCCUAUCGCGUUGAUUAUCUUCAUUCCGUUUCUCGAUCUCGUGGUCUACCCGAUGUUGCGUCACUUCAAGAUCGAUUUCCGACCAGAGUUGAAGAUUACUGUCGGAUUCUUCAUGGCUUCCAUGUCGAUGGUGUACGCCAGUGUGCUCCAGCACUACAUUUACAUCUCCCCUGCACAAACCAUUCACGUUUGGGUUCAGACACCUGCAUACGUUCUUGUCGCCUUUUCAGAGGCCUUCGUUGUGGUGACUGGCUUAGAGAUCGCAUAUACCAAUGCGCCCGAAAGUCUGCGUUCCCUGGUGUCUUCUCUAUUCUGGUUGACUAUUGGCGUAGCAGCGGCCAUUUGUAUUGGCCUCGCCCCGGUUUCACAAGAUCCCUAUUUAGUUUGGAUGUAUGGAUCCCUAGCAAUUGUAGGCUUCGUGGCGGGAAUCCUCUUCUAUGUACUCUUCGGAAGGACGUUGAAGCAGCCGGUUCCAGUGUUAGAUUCGGUGGAGACCACUCCGGGUCAGCGAGAAGACGAAGAGGCCCAAGUCGGGAGUGGUAAAUAUAUGGAUCAAUUCAAAAUGACACAUAACGAUAUUGUGGUGCUCGGCGCCGGAAUCAUCGGCUUGAACGUGGCCUUGGAGUUAUCGAAACGUGGCUAUGGACAGCAUGUCACAAUCAUGGCAGAACAUCUUCCGGGAGAUGAAUCUAUUGAUUACACCUCUCCUUGGGCCGGAGCGAAUUUCUCGGGCAUAUCGGGAAAUGAUGCCAAUGCGCUGCGCUGGGAUCAAUCCGGUUACUCGGCCAUGAUGGGCCUGAUUGAUGACGGGGCAGAAGAAGCGAAGUAUCUGUCCAAAACCGAGUCAACAGAGUACUGGGAUCAAGCCCCGUCGCAGGAUAAGAUCAACAGCAUGACGGAGUAUCUUCGCGAUCUUGUCAUCAUACCUCCAUCCGAUCUCCCUAAGGGAGUUGCUUUUGGUAUAAGUUUCACCACAGUUACCGUCAACGCGCCUGCACAUUGCCAACAUUUGAAAUACCUCCUAUCUCAGCCGCAGUAUGGUGGUGUAAAAUUUGUUCGCCGGAAGGUAGCAAGCUUACAGGACGUCUUCCUGCACGGAACGCAAAUUGUCUUCAACUGCAUCGGCAACGCAGCAGUCAAAUUAGUGGGAGUUAAUGACACGAAAUGCUAUCCAACACGCGGUCAGAUCAUUCUUGUCAAGGCGCCAUCAGUGAAAAUCAAUGUUAUGCGACAUGGCAAAGACUAUGAAACCUAUAUAAUCCCACGACCCCACUCAGAUGGCACCGUGAUAUUAGGUGGCUACUUACAACCAGGCGACCAUACUAGCCAGGCCCGACCGGUAGAGACUGAGUCAAUUCUGAGUCGUACAGCAGGUCUCCUGCCGAUCCUCGAAAAUGGAGAAACAGAGAUCAUUCGCGUUGCAGUGGGAUUGCGGCCAUCGCGACAAGGUGGUGCCCGAGUGGAGCUCGAGACCACACCGCAGGGUAACGCUGUGGUACACAACUAUGGCGCAGGAGGGACCGGAUUCCAGGCUGGGAUGGGGAUGGCCAAGGAUGCAGUUGAUUUGGUUUCUGACAUACUCAGCCAUAUUCAAGCUCGGAGUAAAUUAUGA